UUGGAGCAAAUAGCAGUAAAAUGAUGUGCUGAAAGGAUGUUUUAAAUACGGGGUCUAUAUUAUUGGUUUGAUUGCCGUGGUUCCAUUGCAACUGAUGAAGAUCUUUUCCGUUUGCUCUCUUGGACGAUAAAAAUAUGAUUAUUAUAGUACUCCGUUACAGUGCCUAAGUUGUCAUUGAGCUGUCGGGGCGUGGUGGCAUGCGAUCCCCCUGAGUGAGACACCACCCUCCAGAGGUGACAGCAGGCAGGACAGGCAGCAGGAUGCCAGUGCAGGCAGCCCAAUGGACAGAGUUCCUCUCCUGCCCCAUUUGCUACAAUGAGUUUGACAGCAAUGGCCACAAGCCCAUCAGUCUGGGCUGCUCGCACACCGUGUGUAAGACCUGUCUGCACAAGCUGCACCGCAAGGCCUGCCCCUUCGACCAGACAGCCAUCAGCACUGACAUCGACCUCCUGCCUGUCAAUUGUGCCCUGCUACAGCUGGUGGGAGCUCAGGUCCUGGAGUCCCAGCCUGUGACUCUGAGCAGUGCUGUGGAGGUAGAGCACUAUGAGGUGUGCAGGGUGUGUGUGGAGGAGCUGGCUCUCUAUCUCAAACCCAUCAGUGGAGGAAAAGGUGUGGUGACCCUCAGUCCGAGCGCGCUCAGUCGACCCAUGCAGAGGAAGCUGGUGACACUGGUCAACUGCCAGCUGGUGGAAGAGGAGGGGCGGGUACGUGCGGUGCGGGCGGGCCGGUCGCUAGGGGAACGUACCGUCACAGAGCUCAUCCUGCAGCACCAGAACCCACAGCAGCUCUCUGCCAACCUGUGGGCCGCUGUCAGGGCACGGGGAUGCCAGUUCCUGGGGCCUGCGAUGCAGGAGGACGCUCUGAAGCUGGUGUUGCUGGCCCUAGAGGACGGCUCAGCUUUGUCCAGGAAGGUACUGGUGCUGUUUGUGGUCCAGAAACUGGAAGCUAGGUUCCCUCAGGCCUCCAAGACCUCCAUCGGACACGUGGUCCAGCUGCUCUACAGAGCCUCCUGCUUUAAGGUGACCAAGCGUGACGAGGACUCGUCGCUGAUGCAGCUAAAGGAGGAGUUCCGUACCUACGAGGCGCUGCGCCGCGAGCACGACGCCCAGAUCGUACACAUCGCCAUGGAGGCGGGGCUCCGUAUCUCACCUGAGCAGUGGUCCUCCCUGCUCUACGGAGACCUCAUCCACAAGUCACACAUGCAGUCUAUCAUUGAUAAGCUCCAGUCCCCAGAGUCCUUUGCUAAGAGUGUCCAGGAGCUGACGAUAGUCCUACAGAGAACAGGAGACCCUGCUAACCUAAACAGCCUCAGACCACAUCUGGAACUACUGGCUAACAUCGACCACAACCCAGACGCGGCGUCUCCAUCGUGGGACGAGCUGGAGAGCGUGAUGCUGGCGGUGAAAGUGAUGGUCGACGGUCUGGUGGAGUUUAUACAGAACUUCAGUAAGAAGAGCCACGAGACACCGCAGCCGCAGCCCAACAGCAAGUAUAAGACCAGUAUGUGUCGAGACCUCCGGCAGCAGGGUGGCUGUCCGCGAGGAUCCAACUGCACCUUCGCACACACACAGGACGAGCUAGAGAAGUACAGAAUGAGAAACAAGAAGAUCAGUGGCGUGGGCCGGCCCUUCCCCCUAGCCCAGGGGAGUAUGGGUAGUGAGGGGGGCGACUCAGGAGAGGAGGCCUGCGCUGGGGGACUGGUGGGGUCGGGGUCUGUAACAGAGGGGUCCACACACCCCCAGCUCAUCCCCAGGGGAGGCAACAUGAUGGAGGAGAUGAAGAGGGAGAGGUCUGUUGUUAACGGAUCCAACGGACUCACAGGCUCCAGCCGCUCCUCAUCUGGCUCUAUGGAACAGAAGUCGGUUUCUCCUCCAAAGACGCCUGUCAACCACUCCUCAGCUCCUUCUCCCCAUGGUCCGGGGUCUAGGGUAGAGUGUGGCUCUGGUCAUCCCAAACAAGGGCACUUCCUAAUGAGAGGACCCCCUCACCAGCCUCCUCCCCACCAGCCUCAGUCCUCUGAACUGUACUACCAGGACCCCCGGCCUCCCUACGACACACAACCCUACCAGCCAGCCAGUAACUACUACACCGCUACAAUGCACCACCACAAACCCUGCAUGGCCCGCUUCCUGCGUUCCAGCCACGUCCUCGAGUCCUCUCUGCCGCCUUCCAUGGCCCCUCCCUACUCCGAGCAGCACCCCUCCUUCCCCCCACCACGGGAGCGCUCGGGUCCUUCUCCCUACGGCCCCCCGCCGGCCCCCCAGUACGGGCCCCUGGCCCCUGCCCAUGGUGGCUACGCCCCCCUGUAUGACAGUCGGCGUAUGUGGAGACCCCAGCUGUACCACCGCGAGGACGCCAGGAGUAACUCCCUGCCUCCCGAGGUGCUGCACUCCUCUGUGUACCAGCCCCCCCUCCGAGAGAGAUAUGCCUCCCUGGACAGUCCCUACUGCUCGGCGGGGGAGCACAGAGCUGCGCUGCACAGGCUCAGCAAACUCAUUCUCACCCACAUCUUCUCUUCCACCUCCUCCGCUUCCCCUCCUCGUUGCCCUCCUCCUCCUCCUCCUCCUCCUCCCCUCUUCCUCCUGUUCGAUCGACUUUUGAAGGCUAUGAUUAAUGUUGUUGACUCUUAUGGGCGUGUUCCUCUUGGAUACGAGGAUCUGUUCAAGCGGAAACAGGAGCAAUGGGCACACCAUCACCACGGCAACAUGAACAGGCCCUCCCAGUCCUCCCCCGUCUUCACCAUAGACUUUGGUGCAGAGCAUGACAGUGGAGGGGAUCAGUGUAUGAACUGUAAGUACCGUGGUGAGGAGCGUCUGGCCCACUACUCUCCCUGGUCCUGUGGAACCAUCAGUACCUGCAUCAGCCCCUUUGAACCAGAGCAUCACAACGCCUCUGCUCACUCCUGCUCCGAACACUCAGAAGUAGAUAAUGGUGAAAGGAAGCGGUGGCUACACACAUUUGAGCCGUACCGUCGUCUGAAAGACGAGGAUCCCAUCAUCCCAUUUGGAGAGGGACCCAUCAUCUCUAAAUGGGGGGCUAUCUCCCGCGCCUCCCGUACAGGGUACCACACCACUGACCCCGUCCAGGCCACAGCCUGCCAGAGAAGCAACAGCACCACCCCCAUCAACUUCAGAGAUUAUGGUCCACACAUCGGUCACGGUGACUACAGGUGGAGCUCCCGUGGGUCUGACUCGUCCAGCCACUCUAGUUUCCUAGAGAGUGACCAGCUGGGAGUGUGUGAGCUUUCUGCCCGUGAGCGGUCCUUCAGCAGUGGAGAGAAGGCUGGUGCAGGAGACCUGCUGCAGACUGACUACUGUAAGGACACGACAGAGAGCGAACCGGACAGAGACAUUGAGCUGGAGCUGUCUGUACUAGACAUGGAGGACGUUGACCUGCAGGACAACAGUCAACAAUCUGAGGAGUCCCUUGAGCUAAGGGACCCCCAUCUCCUCACCCCUCCCAGCAGUGAACCCCAGAUGAGCCAGACAGACAAGCUGUCCACUGACAAGAUGGAUGCUCACCUGCUGAAGAAGAUGGCCUUCAGGAAGUCUCUCUCCCCUGGCGGUCUGGGCUCAGGAGGCCUCAGUGUGGGGAAGCUGAUGAUGAGAACCGGCCCUCCAAGGCUUGGGGACAUGGGCCCUCGCCCCAACACAGGCCCUGAGAUGCUGCUCAACGGCAGUUGAGAGGGCAGAGACACCCCACCGCUACAAAGCUCCUACAGCUGCUGUCACAGUAACAUCUUAGGGUCGUAUAGGCCUGUAUCAUCAGACACCGAUCAGG